AUGGGAAAAGUUCAUCCCCACCAAGCACUGCAUUCCUCUCCUACUUGCAAUUUCACUUCCAAGCAAGAGACUUUUACCCUGUGGAUGAAAUCUCUGGUACUCAACGGAAAAGGAUGUACUGUCUUUGAUUCCAAUGGCCAAAUUGCAUUUCGAGUUGAUAACUACAACUGCUCCUACAGAGAUCAAGUUCAUCUAAUGGAUCAAAAGGGCGAUAUCUUGUUUACCAUACUGAAAAAGCAACAUAAGUUGUCCAAGUUUUGGGAGGGUCACAGAUACCCCGCCAAAAGGGAUGACAACAAAGGACCAUGUUUUCGAGUUACUAAAAGUUAUAGGAUCACUAGAGGUGGUUCAACUUAUGAAGUUGAACUUGGAUUGGACAAAAACGAACCAUAUACUCAUAAAAUAGAAAGCAGCACAUGCAAGUCAACUUGCAAAAUAUCUGAUGAGCUUGGAGGGUUGGUUGCAGAACUAAGGAGAAAGAAGUCACGUUGUGGAGUUGACUUAGGAGACGAUGUUUUUACAAUGGUAGUGGAGCCAAAUAUAGAUAUUUCUCUAACUAUGGGGCUUGUUGUAGCAUACAACCUUAUCAACUGUAAAAUGUGA